AUGUUUUGCUGCCGCGCCUUCCCGAAGGUAGCUGCGCUGACUGCCCUUCGCUUCUUCACCAUCACGCCUAUUCCCAUGCCCGCGCUCUCCCCCACGAUGGAGAAGGGUAAGAUUACAGAGUGGUGCAAGCAGCCUGGUGACCCCAUCUGUCCCGGCGACACUUUCUGCAAUGUCGAGACCGAUAAGGCUGUCGUGUCGUACGAUAAUGCGACCGAGGAGGGCUUCUUUGCCCGUGUCAUUACCUCUGUUGGGGAGGAGACGGUCGUUGGUCAGACGGUGUGCCUCAUCGUAGACGAGAAGGAGGGCGUCAACUCCGAUGAGGUCAAGAGCUGGAAGCCGGAGGGCGAGGAAGCUCCUACUGCCCCUACUGCUGCGAAUCCUGUGGCUGUUGCCACUGCUGCCACUGCUGCCACUGCUGCCCCUGUUGCGGCCUCUGGCGACCACGUGAAGGCUUCGCCGUACGCUCGCAAGAUGGCUGCGGAGAAUAAUGUGUCACUGAGUGGCAUCAAGGGCACAGGUGGUGGUGUAGGUCGCAUCACGUCCAAGGACGUGGCUGCUGCAGUGGCGAGCGGAACCGCCGGCUUGGUUGCGAAGGCGGCUGCGCCGACCAAGGCUGCUGCUUCGCCGACUACCCCUGCAAAGCCCGCGGCCGUCAAGGGAACUCCUCCAGCGAACCCCAACUUCACUGACAUUCCAGUGACGACGAUGCGGUCUGUCAUUGCGAAGCGCCUGCACCAGUCCAAGAACAUGGAGGUUCCGCACUACUACCUCUUCGACGACUGCCGCGUCGACAACAUGAUGGCCCUCAUCAAGCAGCUGAACGCGAAGGGCAACGGCGAGUACAAGAUCACCGUGAACGACUACAUCAUCAAGGCGGUCGCGCGCGCCAACACCUUGGUGCCGGAGGUGAACUCCUCCUGGCAGGGCGACUUCAUCCGCCAAUACGCCACCGUUGACGUCUCGGUGGCUGUUGCUACGCCUACUGGCCUUAUUACCCCGAUCAUCCGCAACGCGCAGGCGAAGGGUCUCGUAGAAAUAUCGAAGGAGGUGAAGGCUCUAGCGAAGAAGGCGCGCGACGGUACGCUGCAGCCCAACGAGUUCCAGGGUGGCACGUGCUCCGUGUCGAACCUCGGUGCGACAGGCAUCCCCGGCUUUACGGCCAUCAUCAACCCCCCGCAGGCGAUGAUUCUUGCCAUCGGCUCCGCCAAACCACGCGCUGAGAUCGUGAGGAACGAGGGGACGGGUGAGUUUGAGAUGACCGGCAAGGUAGAGACCGUUGUGAACUUUGCGGCGUCUUUUGACCACCGCAUCGUCGAUGGCGCACUCGGCGCUAAGUGGUUCCAGGGCUUUCACGACGCCAUAGAGAACCCGCUGUCACUUCUGCUGUAG